AAUGGGAAAACGGCAACCGAUCCAGUGAUCCAUUCCGCGUUUUAUCUCAGAUCUCUCAGCUGUUUGACGCGAAGCUGAACGCUUGUAUUUUGGGGGACACACAUGUAUGUGUUUGAAAGUCUUUUAUAGCAGUGAUGUGUAAUGAGAAAUCAUGAAUGUUAACCCGCAAAGCCUCCGAUCGCUGCGGCGUUUGUGCGGAGCGGGAUGGAGGCGUCUUUCCUCCAUGCAAGGAGGCGCUAUGAACGUGUUUGACAGGAGCAUGAAGCGAAAACAGAAAACGUGGGCAUCAUCUUUACAAGACAGCGACAAAUACGAUUACCUUAAAGAUGAGGUGGGCAGCAGAGUUGCAGAUAGAGUAUAUGAUGUCUCAAGGACUUUUCCUCUGGCACUAGAUGUGGGAUGUGGGAAGAGUCACAUCGCGGAGUAUUUGAGUAAGGAUGUUGUUGGGCGUCUCUUCUUAACAGACAUCUCCGACACUUCUCUGAGAAAGAAGAAGCAGUGUGAGAUUCCUACUCACUCAGUUCUCGCAGAUGAGGAGUUCUUGCCCUUUAAAGAAAACACAUUUGAUCUUGUGCUCAGCAGCAUGAGUCUGCACUGGAUCAAUGAUCUUCCUGGAGCUUUGAGACAGAUCCACCAGGUGCUGAAGCCAGACGGUGUGUUUAUUGGAGCGAUGAUCGGCGGUGAGACGCUCUACGAACUGCGGUGUUCUCUACAGUUGGCUGAGCUCGAGAGGGAGGGUGGGUUUGCUCCUCAUAUCUCCCCCUACACGGCUGUCACUGACCUGGGUAACCUGCUGGGUCAGGCGGGCUUCAACAUGCUCACUGUGGACAUUGAUGAGGUUCAGGUCCAUUAUCCCGGUAUGCUAGAAGUCAUGACUGAUUUACAAGGUAUGGGUGAAAGCAACUGUGCGUGGAACAGGAAGUCACUCUUACACAGGGACACCUUACUGUCUGCAGCAGCCAUUUAUAAAGAAAUGUAUGGCAGUGAUGAUGGAUCAGUCCCAGCUACUUUUCAGAUCCUGUACCUGAUUGGCUGGAAACCCCACGAGUCUCAGGCGAAACCAGCGAGGAGAGGCUCAGCGAACGUCUCGUUUGCGGAUUUGUCAAAAAUAAGCAAACUUGAGACCGACUACCAGAAGACCGAUAAGAAGUCCUAGGAUAAAAAAACAUACUUUACAUCAGCCCAUCAUGUUUGAAUCUGCUUUAAUUCAAUGUACAGGAUAAUUGUUUUAUCAAAUGCUUGUUUGACAAAUCUUUUUGAAUAUAAAUAAACUGUGAAUACAGUA